AUGGACAAAGAAGAAAUAUGCCAAUAUUUCAACAGCAUUAUAAAAAAUGAAAAAGAUGUUUCUGCUGGCAUGGCUGCCAUUCGCACCUUAUUGAAAGUAUUAAAACAUUCUAAAUCAGAGACAGUUCAGGAGCUUCGAAUUUGCUUACAGCAUGCAAUUGACGCUAUGCGUUCCACAGAAACUCCAGUCACUGCGAUUGCUUCAGGAAGUGAAUUGUUUCUCCGUUUCAUCACAUUAGCAACAUUGGAUACACCUUCAAUCGCAGAAUGCAAAGGGAUCAUGUUGGAAAGAGGAAAAGUAUUCUAUGAGAAAUUAGUUGCAGCUCGAGGAAAAGUAGCCAAGGUUGCAGCACACUUUAUUACUGAUGGCUCGACUAUACUUACGCAUUCAAAAUCAAGAGUAGUGCUGCAAGCAAUGAAGGAAGCUGCUGCAAAUAAUAAAAUAUUUGAAGUAUAUGUCACAUCAACAUCACCUGACAAUAAUGGAGAAGAGAUGUGCCAGAGCUUAACAAAGUUGGGAAUAUCGUGUACAGUAAUACUAGACUCUGCAGUAGGAUAUGUGAUGGAACACAUAGAUAUGGUGAUGGUUGGAGCAGAAGGUGUUGCAGAAAGUGGUGGUGUGAUUAAUAAGAUAGGUACAUAUACAAUGGCUAUAUGUGCAAAAGAGGUGAAAAAACCAUUUUAUGUACUGACAGAAAGCUUCAAAUUUUCAAGAAUCUAUCCUUUGAAUCAAGUAGAUUUACCCAAUGAAUUUAAGUAUACAUACAGUGUACUUUUAACUAAAAAUUUGAAAAAGGAGCAUCCUUUGGUAGAUUAUACUCCACCUCAAUACAUCAGUUUGUUGUUCACGGACUUGGGAAUUCUAACACCAUCAGCUGUUAGUGAUGAACUCAUAAAAUUAUACUUAUAAUUUGGAGAAUUUUCUGAGUGGUUGGCUCUAAGAAUUCAAAUCAGUUUUGAAAAAAAGUCAUUAUUUUACAUUAGCGAGACUGUUCCAAUCAAUCCAAAUUGCUAUUGUUUAAAUUAGUGAGAAGGACCAUUACAACCGUUUUACACAGGUGAUUCAAAAUUUUUUACUGAUAGUAUAUGUAUAGAUAUAGUCCCGAAAAGAUUGGAACAAUACUAAGGGGAGAUUCUUGAGAUUAUUUUAAGACGAAAAUUGUAAUACUAAAAUGUCGAGACUAUAAUAGGUUUUUGAUUGUGUAUAAGCAUUUUUAAAGUUACCAAAUCAUAUCAUAUAAAAAUUUAUGCGUUUAGAUGUAAUGCAAACUACUAAAAGUUCAUUGUUUCGUCAAUAUUAAGAAUAGUAGAGUAGGAGGGAGUUAGAAAGUCAAUAUAAAAAGAAUCAGGACGUUUAUUAAGAGUUAAGGAUUGGGAAAGAAAAAGAUCCUCUCUUUUUUCCUGCUUGUGUGAGGGUUUUUGUUAAAAAUUAGGGAAUGUAGAGUGGUGAACUAAGGAUGAAAUUUAUCAAGAUGUAGUCAAAUCUGCGGACUCAAUGAUUGCAGACAAAGAAAAUAUUACAAAUUCGUCUAAUAUUUGCACAAUGACGAAGUAUAACAUGUUACGGAGGAAGAGUUGAAUAAGUUGAUAUUGCGGCUCGAAACCGAGAAAACUAAAGAAAAGGAAUGGUGUCUGGCAGGAAAUAAAAGAAGGAAAAACAAAAGAUGUUCUAAGAUGGUUGCAGAAGACAAGUUAUUAGAUUUAUUGGAGGAAGUAGAAGAGAGUCCUUUUGAAUUUAUUCAUGAUGUAACAGGCUAAUAGGUGAUGAGGACAAUGAUGUUGUGAUGAUCAAUGUCAAUAUUGUCGAUUCCGUGGAAAAUCAGGGAUACUAAUGUAAUGCAUGGUAAUCAAAGUGGUUUCUUGAAUAAAGAAAUAUGUUUCAACUGCAAAGGUGUGCUUAAAAAAGCAAGUGAAUUGACCACCUCGAAAACGAAUUCAGAGAAAAAAUUGCGUUAUGAGAACAAUUUUUCUGAUACAUACAGAGUUAUAGUCAUACUGUUAAAUGAGACCAUACAUAAUUUAAGUUAGUAUUUCAAAGUUAUUAAAAUUAUAUGUUCAAGCGUGGAA